CUCGUCAAUGCCGCCCAUAUUUUACCCUAGAUUUUUAUUAAUUUGAUGAUACCGAAUCCCGCUUUUCCCAAUCCAUUUUCAAUUUUCAAAACUCAUCCCCUCUCUUUCUCUCUCUACCUCCUUCGAUCUCUCUCGGUGUCAGUAAAAUCCCAUGGCCGGGGAAUUUCCCGGUGAUUUAGAUGGCUGAUAUGAGCCGGAGUUCAAGUUUAGAUGCGGAGGAUCCUCUUCAAGCUUACUCAGGACUUUCCUUGUUUCCUCGCACACUAAAAUCCUUGUCGAAUCCUCUUCCUCCUCCUCUUCAUCAAUCAGAAGAUCUACAGCAGACUCAUACUCUCCUUGAAUCUAUGCCUUUUGAAGUUCAAAAUGAGCAUCAGGAGCAGGCAAAAGCUAUCUUUGAAGAUGUGAAUGUUGAUGUCAAGCUGAACCCUAUUCCAAAUAAACGAGAACGAAGACUGGGGUUAGACCGUAAUCGAAAAAGCUUUUCUCUUAACCUUACGUCAAGUCAGCCACCUCCAGUUGCACCAAGCUUUGAUGGUAGUAAAUAUCCGAGACCAGAAGAUUUCUUUGCUGAGUAUGAUAAAUUUGAACUUGCCAAUCGAGAAUGGCAGAAACAGACUGGCUCCAGUGUAAUAGAUACACAACAGAACCCGCCAUCAAGGCGUCCUCGCAGACCAGGAAUUCCAGGGAGGAAACGGCGUCCAUUCGAGCAUACUUUUACGGAUAGUUAUUUCACUGAUGCUAUCAACCUGGAAGCUUCAGAAAAGGAAAACCCCAUUGCUUCUGAACAAAGUUUAGAGAGGACCACAGCUGCACAUGUUACGACUGUGGACAGGGAAGUAGAUGAUUCAACUGUAGACACGGACAAGGACUUAAACAAUAUUUUGAAAGAGUUGCUUGCUUCCAGUCGAGAUGAGCUCGAGGGAGAUGCUGCCGUCAAGCGUUUGGAGGAUGUCUUGCAAAUCAAAUCCCUUAAUGUGGAAAAGUUCUCUAUCCCUGAGUUUCAAGAUGUUAGAAAAAUGAAUAUGAAGGCAUCUGGAAGUAACCCAUCAAACCGAAAGAGUCUGUCAGAUAUACAGAAUAUACUGAAAGGAAUUCACAGAGUUGCGGGUCGAAAAAAUAGCCACUCGCCAUCCCCUCAGACUAGAAAACAUUUUUCAUCACCAAAUCCACCAGUGGAUCAGUUUUCAUUUCCUGACAUCCAUAAUUUGCUUCCAGGAGAUCAACAGCCUAGUGAGGUUGAUGUUCAACCUCUAGCAAAAGAUAUAGCUAAUACAUCCCCGUCUAAUGUGGGUACUGUAGACGUUGCUAGCCCUUUCAACAACUCAGUGGAGAAGAGGUCCGGUGAAGAUGAUUCUCAUAUUCAUUCUGGCAUCCAUAGAUCUCAUUUACGUCCAGAUGGGAAUGCAGAUAUUUGUGUGAUGGAUAGCAUCUCAAACCGAAAUUCAGCCAUGCUAGAGGUGAAUGUAGAUAUGCGAACAACAGGAAAAGAGGUAGAUGUGCCCAUAAGUGAAAGUGGAGCAAACAGAAACACUGGCCAAAGAGAAAAUGAUACUGAUAUCAAUGAAGAAACUGAUCAUUUAGAAAUGCUGGCGGAAUAUGCAUCUAAAGAGGCUACAAGACCUUUUACUGUAGAAGAGGAUAGCAUCCCGUAUCAGCAAGGUACGCCCUCAAACUCUCCAAACAGAGCUCCAGAACAAUACAACACAAUGGAUGGACCCUCUGAACAUGCAGAGCACAAUCAGGGACUACAUGAAGAGGAAAAUGUCAACACGGACUCCGCUUCUGGACUUCAAGAAAAUGCUCUGGAGGCUCACAACUCUUCACACAAACAAACAAAUAAACGAAGAAAGAGAGGAUCUUCUGAUAGCAAUGUGAAAAAGCGAAGUAAGACUGUGCAUGGUGAGACUGGAGGGGACCCGCAAAUGAAAACAUUACCACAUGAGAGUGGAGCGAAGAAGCAAACCAAAAGAAAAUCCAACGAGAGAGAAGAGAAGAAGCCAAAGAACACGCGUAAAACUCUUACGCGUGAGGGUAAACUAUUCUCUCGCAGGAAAAGCCUUGCAGCUGCUGGUACUAAAAUGGAAGGUGGUGUCAGACGAAGUACAAGGAUUAAGUCAAGACCACUCGAAUACUGGAAAGGUGAAAGAUUCUUGUACGGACGCAUCCAUGAGAGUUUGACUACUGUUAUCGGCAUAAAGUAUGCAUCCCCUGGAGAAGGUAAAAGUGACUUGCGUGCAUGUAAGGUGAAAUCAUUUGUCUCUGAUGAGUACAAAGAGCUGGUUGAUUUUGCCGCUUCGCAUUGAAGAAUGAUAAUCCUAGGAAGGAAGUGAUCAAACAUCCUCUUGUGAUCAUAAUUCUAUUGAUAGUAUCUUGUGUCCACGACCUUCUCUUGGGUCCAAACUCGUCACUGUAUUUCUUUAAAACCGCAACACUUUAAGACUCUGUAAAUGUAACGGAAGUUUUCAACUUUCAAUUAGUCUCUCUUCAUUGAUACUUUGUCAA